AUCCAAUAUCUUGCUCAUGAAGGUGAAGUGAAUGGUGCUGACUUUUCUUCUUGGACUUUCCUGAGGAAACAAACUUAUCAACAGAGGUGAUGGUGACCAGACCUGGACUAACAAAGCUCUAAUAAGGUACAACAUGUUGCCUUAUGCUACGUCAGAGCCCAGCCCACUUUUUAAAUCUGACCUUAACCUCAAGUCCCUGUACAGAAGCAGUGGCACAGAGCACUAUGAUUCCCAGGCUGCCAUCAACAGCAGGAUUAUUGAUCAGCCUCAAAUGUCCAGCCCCCAGAACAGAAACCCUUCAAUGGGGAGGAAACUCAUUUUGAGCAAUUCCUCUCUAAGAAGUACAGCUUAAAAGCACUGUGUGCUUCUCUUGUGUGUGGCACAAGCCUUUCUGUGCCCCAGGGUUCCUUCCAGUCUUCUCCCGUUCCAGAUCUCCCAGCCUUUCUGCACCUGCAUCUCUCCUUUGAGCUCCUUCCUUCCCAGCAGGAACUGGGAGGCUUGCAUCCAUUUUUUCCUGAUUCUUGUCAGUAUGAGAGAUGUCCUAGUUACCAGGUUUUAUCUGAAUACCAGACAUCCUACAUCUGCAGGAAAAAGAGCACUGGGUAGUUAUUUCCCCUGUCUCCGUUAAGUGCAUUGUGCCCUUCGUAUUCAAACAGAGCACUUGAUCUUUCUUAGACAAUUUAUCUCUCUCAUUCUUUUCUCUUAUAUUCUCCCACAGCAAGAUCCCAAAAGUUAUCUAAUAAACAUGGAUGUUAUGACAUCCUCCCACAAUAACUAUAAAUAUCACUCAGGAAACAUCACCUAAUAAACGAUAUAAUUACUGCAAAGAUGAAAACCAGCACUCCUGAAAACACACAAGCAAAACCUGCUGUCUUCUGAAAACAUCCUGGAGACAGCGACUGCAGCUUGCCUGGCUGCUCCAGGCCAGUCCCGCAUCCCUUCCCAUCCACGCACUGUGCUGCAGGACUCCUCCUCAGCCUUUUCAGGCAAUUUUGCAGCCCUGCAGAUCUGAACAACACGUUCACCUCAGACUGUUGGAAGACCAGCCUUGCAUAUCUGAUGUGAUCACAGAUGGCCCCAGCCCUGCCCUCUGGGUAUGAAAUACAGACAGCAAUCAGCAGGACUUAACAGUUGCAGAAGAUGGGGUUAUGAGAUCCACCUGGCAGGGGAAGUCCGGUCGCAGCCCACUCCAGGCCCUAUACGAGAGUGACCAGUUUGAGCAGUCAUCACUGCAGGUCGUUCACCAGCAGAGACGGGAGCUGUUGAGCAACAUCUGCAACCGUUACACCCGCAAGCGGCGUCUCCUGCGGCCGGAUGACUUGCGGCACUUGGUGGUGGAUGACACGCAUGGGCUGCUCUACUGCUACGUGCCCAAAGUGGCCUGCACUAACUGGAAGCGGGUGAUGAUGGUCCUGACAGGGCAAGGCAAGUACCAGGACCCACUGGAAAUCCCCGCCAAUGAGGCCCACGUCUCAUCCAACCUGCGCACCCUCUCUGAGUACAGCAUUCCCGAGAUCAACCACCGCCUGCGCAGCUACCUCAAGUUCAUCUUCGUGCGGGAGCCCUUUGAGCGCCUGGUCUCGGCGUACCGCAACAAGUUCACCCGCAGCUACAACACGGCCUUCCACAAGCGCUACGGGACCAAGAUCAUCCGUCGGCACCGGCAGGAACCCAGUGACAAGGCCCUGGAGCGCGGGGAUGAUGUGCGCUUUGAGGAGUUUGUCUACUACCUGCUGGAUCCACGGACGCAGCGGGAGGAGCCCUGCACCGAGCACUGGGAGAGGGUGCACUCGCUCUGCCACCCCUGCAUUGUCCACUACGACGUGGUGGGCAAGUACGAAACCUUGGUCGAAGAUGCCAACUACAUCCUUCAGCUGGUUGGGGCUGACACAAGUGUCAAGUUCCCAUCUUCAUCCAAGACCACCAGGACAACGGACGACAUGACGGCCCAGUUCUUCCAGGACAUUAGCCCUUUCUACCAAAGGAGACUCUUUAAUUUAUACAAAAUGGACUACUUGCUCUUCAAUUACUCCAUCCCCUCGUACCUCCGCAUCCGAUGAGGCAGGGGCUGGGGGGAGAGGUGAGGGAGAGGUGAGGGAGAGCUGGGUAACUCUCAUCUUGCCACAAUUCCUCUCCUCCCACCCUGUGCUCAUCUUUUGGUUGACUUCUCCCCCGUGCCCUCUCCAUUAUGGUCUGCUCCACAUCCUGAUGCCUCGUUCACGCAUGGUCCGGAGGGAGGACACCUCUCAAAACACCGGGGCUGGAGCUUUUCCUUCCCUUUCCCUCCCACCCUUCAGCAUCUACAGGGGAUGCUGGUGGGACCGGACACUGCUGGGUAGGAGGGCUUGCCUUGGCUGGGGACUUUAUUUUAACUAAGAGACUCCUCUGUAGAUCCAAGUCUUGGGAAGGCUCCUUUCUUGGGCAGGAUCCCUUCAGGUCUUUCUCCUCCUUACUGGGCUGUUUGGGGGCAGACAUGGUGUCUCGAGGGGCAGGGUGGAAUGUGUCAGAGACUUGCAUAGAACCAGAAAUAAAGCAAUAAUUUAAUG